UAACUUCAGUGGAACUGGCUUUUCAACUCUAGCUUUUUCCUGGAUGUUCUGAAAUAUACACCUCAGAUAUAAGAAAAUAAGAAAUAUAAGAAAUACUGUGUUUUUUAAUGGCAGGAAAGGAAGAGAAAGACAGAAAGAGCGAGCAAGCCUCUGUGCAAAGUACUCAGAAGUUGAUUCAGAUUUUAGUGUGGCUGAAAUUCAUGGAUUCUUACUAAAUGCUUAAGGAACAUAUAUCACAGAGAGUGCAGUGCUAUAGUUGUGUUUUACAAAGUGUUGGCUUUUUCUUUUGUUACUGAUCCUGUCUCCUUCAUGCACUUAUAUACUGAGAAUGAUGCUUAUUAGUGAACUGCAAGUUUGCCCGCCAGCACGCUGGAUGUUGUGAUUAUAGGUGGCUACUGCUGAAAAAUCGAUAUUGUUUUAUUAUGAAUGUUGUCCUGGAUGACUCAUAUGAUGUUAAAAUGUAAACGAUGUGGCAGAAGCACAUGUACUUAAUAAAUUAAGAUUGCUCAUUUUUUGGCUCCUGGGGAGCUGGCUACUCCCCUUGCUGGCUGAGUGACAGUCCCGCGGGUAUAAAAAGGCCCCUUGGGACGGACUGCGCUGGGUGUAGCUGAUAGAGCAGCAGAAAGAGGCUUGUUCUGGUGACUCCGACUAGAAAACCUGCGUUGGGUUAUAGCCACCAACAGGUCUGAGCUACACAAAAUGCGUGAAAUUGUGCAUCUUCAGAUUGGCCAGUGCGGAAACCAAAUUGGAGCUAAGUUCUGGGAGGUCAUCAGUGAUGAGCAUGGAAUUGACAUCGCUGGAAACUACCAUGGGGACGCGUCACUGCAGCUCGAGCGAAUUAACGUGUACUUCAACGAGGCUUACUCCCAUAAAUAUGUGCCCCGUUCUAUCUUGGUGGACCUGGAACCUGGCACGAUGGACAGUGUACGGUCAAGCAAAAUAGGCCCACUCUUUCGACCUGACAAUUUUAUCCACGGUAAUUCAGGGGCUGGAAACAACUGGGCUAAGGGCCAUUACACAGAAGGUGCGGAACUGAUUGAAAAUGUCAUGGAUGUGGUGAGGAAUGAGUGUGAGAGCUGUGACUGCCUGCAGGGAUUCCAGCUCAUCCAUUCGCUUGGCGGUGGUACAGGCUCAGGUAUGGGCACACUGCUCAUCAACAAAAUCAGAGAAGAAUAUCCUGACAGGAUCAUGAACACUUUCAGUGUUGUGCCUUCACCCAAAGUAUCUGACACAGUCGUAGAGCCGUAUAAUGCCAUCCUCUCCAUCCAUCAACUCAUAGAGAACACGGAUGAAACCUUUUGCAUUGACAACGAAGCUCUAUAUGAUAUAUGUUUUAGAACUUUAAAGCUCACCAAUCCCACCUAUGGUGACCUCAACCACUUAGUGUCCCUAACAAUGAGUGGUGUCACAACCUCCCUCCGUUUUCCUGGCCAGCUGAACGCAGAUCUGCGGAAGCUGGCUGUUAACAUGGUGCCCUUUCCUCGCCUGCAUUUCUUCAUGCCAGGCUUCGCUCCGCUGACAGCUCGAGGCAGCCAGCAGUACAGAGCCCUCUCGGUGCCAGAGCUCACUCAACAAAUGUUUGAUGCCCGCAACAUGAUGGCAGCCUGCGACCCUCGCCGCGGACGUUACUUGACCGUGGCGUGCAUCUUCAGAGGCCGAAUGUCCACCAGAGAAGUGGACGAGCAGUUGCUGUCUGUCCAGACCAAGAACAGCUCCUACUUCGUGGAGUGGAUCCCUAAUAAUGUCAAAGUGGCCGUGUGUGACAUACCACCGCGAGGACUGAAGAUGGCAGCUACCUUUAUUGGCAAUAACACGGCCAUCCAGGAGCUCUUCAUCAGGGUUUCUGAACAGUUCUCAGCGAUGUUCAGAAGAAAAGCGUUUCUUCAUUGGUACACUGGGGAAGGAAUGGAUGAGAUGGAGUUUUCUGAAGCAGAAGGUAACACCAAUGACCUUGUGUCCGAGUACCAGCAGUACCAGGACGCCACUGCAGAUGUUGAGGAAUAUGAAGAGGUAGAGGUGGAAGCCAGCCCAGAAAAGGAAGCACAGUAAACCCAAUGGUAAUAUCAAAACAUUAUCUGAAUAAGCCCGUUGACACUCACUAAAGAAAAGCAGUAGCAAUCAUCUGCAUACUGAAAACAACACAUUUCUUAAGAUCGUUUUUUCUGCAUCUGGCCAAAAUACAUCAAAUAUUACAAUAUAAUGCUUUUGAAAUUAAUGGCAGCUAGGCUUUACUCUCCCAAACAACUGUUGGCACUGGAUCUCUCCCCAAAAGAGCCACUGUGAAGACAAGUUGUCUCAUAACAGCCUUUCUUGUAAAUGUAUUCACUUUUACAAUAUUAUCACCAGACACUGAAUGUAAUAUACAGCCUGUGUGUGUACAUAUAUAUCUCAAGAUCAGAUGCAACAGCAAAUUAUGCAAUCAACUUACCCAUUUUAUUUAUUCUCUGGUAAACAGCCUGUUUUGUUCAUGAGCUGUACCUAUUUUAUUGCACACUCCACAAACCGAUCUAGACCUGCAGAUAAGUUCAGUUCCUGAAGUUGCACCGGGAGGGGAAACAACAUGGGGCAAAAGACUGAAUAUGUAUACCUGUUUUUUUUUUUCAAGUAAUAUUUUAAUAGUGCUAUCACAUUGCUGGCUUAUAUUUUUGCAGAGCUUGUAUUCACUAGAGCUGUUUCAUUUGUUUGUAUUUGAGUUAUAUUAGCAUACAAAGUUGUGAACACUGUGUAAAAGUUUUGGUGUGGUGCUUUUUUUUCCCUUCAUGUACUAACUAUUGUAAAUCUUCUUCCUGUCAUUUGGUACAGCAGGUUGGCUGGAAUGGGUUGCAGGUAGUUAGAUCUACCUGUAUUCAACAGCAAUCACUAAAUCAAAAACAUAUCUUAAGGAAAAUAGUUUCUUGCCAUUCACAGCCAUCUAUGUGAGAUUGUAUUUGUAAUAUUAUUUAAAAUAAAAAUUAUAUCCCAUUCUAUAAAA